AUGACCCAGAAUUUAAACGCCACUCUCGAGGGCUCCACCCCUUCCAACUCCUCGGGGUUGCUGGAAACCCCUCCGGCCCACCAGAACAUCACGUAUGUGGACUUCUACCUGCACAAGCCGUCCGUGGCCGCGGUCUUCACCGUCUCCUACCUGCUCAUCUUCCUGGUGUGUAUGGCGGGCAACGGGGUGGUGUGCUUCAUCGUGCUGCGCAGCAGGAACAUGCGCUCGGUCACCAACCUGUUCAUCCUCAACCUCGCCAUCAGCGACCUGCUGGUCGGCAUCUUCUGCAUGCCGACCACGCUGGUGGACAACAUCAUCACGGGAUGGCCGUUCGGCAGCGUUGUGUGUAAGCUCAGCGGGAUGGUUCAAGGGAUAUCCGUGUCAGCAUCUGUGUUCACGCUGGUGGCGAUAGCCGUCGACAGGUUCCGUUGCAUCGUCUACCCCUUCAAGCAGAAGCUGACCAUCGCCACCUCAAAGCUCAUCAUCGUCAUCAUAUGGGUCCUCGCCGUGUCCAUCAUGUGUCCCUCCGGGGUCAUGCUGCAGGUCACGAAGCAACAGAGGGUGCGAAUAGUCGGCGGCGGCAACGACACCCGCCCGUUCUACUGGUGCCGGGAGAACUGGCCCAAUCAGGAGAUGCGUAAAAUCUACACCACCGUCCUCUUCGCCAACAUCUACCUCGCUCCUCUCAGCCUCAUCGUCAUCAUGUACGCCCGCAUCGGCGUCACCCUCUACAGGACCGCCGCUCCUCAGUCGAGGGGCGCCGGAAGCGUGUCCGAGGAGGGCGCUGGCCACCGCAAGCCCAGCGCGGAGGGCCGCCACACCAUUUCCAAGAGGAAGAAUCGGGUGAUAAUGAUGCUGCUGGUCGUGGCGCUGCUCUUCAUCUUGUCCUGGCUUCCUCUGUGGACGCUGAUGAUGCUGAGCGACUACGCCAGCCUGACGGAGCACCAGCACCGCGUCAUUAACAUCUACGUGUAUCCCUUGGCUCACUGGUUGGCCUUCUUCAACAGCAGCGUCAACCCCAUCAUCUACGGGUUCUUCAAUGAGAACUUUCGCAGAGGCUUUCAGGCUGCUUUCAAAUUCCAGCUGUGCUCCGAGGGCAUCAGGCGCCAGAGGACCUACUCCAACCGGUUCCGAGGGAACGCCGUGGUCCCGGUGCAGCCCGCUGCCCUCAGCAGGCGCAGCUCCGUCAGGUCAGUAUUAGUGGGAAAUGGGAAGUGCUCACUGCAGGAAGGGGGGAGCCUGGCUGCUAGAAGUCACAGCAAAGAGCAGGACCUGAUCCUGGAGGACCUGGACAAGGUGUCCCAGAUUUAG